UAAUUUGAACCAGACUAGUCCAAAAGGAGCCUAAUUUAUUGGAGAUGCUCUUCCAUCCCCACGGCCCAUUCAAAUCACCCAAAAGAAUUCGAAACGAUGGAGUUCCAGUCCUUUGUAUUUUGAUUUUAUAUAUAAAUCAAGUUUAUUUCUGGUAAAAAAAUAACCCAAAGAAGAAGAAGGAAAAAAAAAGAAGCAAAUGAGCACAAAAAAAUCCCUCUAUAAAUAGCUUCUACGCGCCAAUUCCUCCACGAAACAAACCCGUUAGCCAAAAUUUUCAAACCUCCUCUCCUCUCUCACUCCAAAAUCCAACUCUCGCACCCUUCCAGCCUCCAAUGCGAACUCGAUUCCUCAGCGCCGAGUACUCCACCUCCUCCGCACUCCAAGCUCUCGAAACCCGAGACUUCCUCCGCCUCCCGCCGCCUCGCCUCCCUCCUCCUUCGGAUCCCUCAACCUCCGAAAUCCUUCGCUGCUUCCACGACGUCUCCGCCCCGAUCCUCUCUCUCUACGCCGAUACGCUCCCGAUCGAUGACGCUCUCUCGAAGUUCUUCUCUGACGUCGUUCCUCGUUCUAUUGAUGUCGAAACUGGAGAUGUUCGGUUCGAUCAGAAGAGGAACUUCGGUCUUCGAAGCAAUGCCGAGGAUAAGAAUGACUUCUUUUGUAAUCGUAUGGAAGAAAAUGGUUUUGAAGCUGUUGAAUUUGAAAUGCCAGAGUUGGAUCUAUCCUUGGAAAAUGCUUGCUUCUUUGAAGAAGAGAAGAUUGAACUUUUUGCUGAAGUUGAGGAGGCUGAUAUGAAUUUGGUAAAAGACAUACUUGACCCAAAGCUGAUGCUUCGCCAGCCCUUUGAGAUUCUAAAAUCAUUUUAUUCAGUUGAUGAUAUUACUCCCGAGUACCAUAUGGAGCAGAAGGAUUUUCUUUUAGAAGAAGCUGCUUGUGAUCAGGACCAAGUUCACCUCCAUAAUAGCACGUUCCCAGUUUUGGAAGUGGAUGAGAUUGGUUUGGGAAUUUCCAGUGGCAUACAUAUGGAGGAGGGAUUUCUUCUUCUUGAAAAUAGAGAAGUGUGCCCGCAAAGAGAAGUAAAGGUUGAUGCCCAGGAGCUUUUGGGUUCUUGGGACGUUGACAUCUUAGAUUAUCUUGCAGGUCAUAGUUUAUCAAAUCAGUGCUUUGAAGCUAUGCCAUCAUACUCAACCUUUCCUCUAGAAAUGGACGUAAUUAGCAUCAUUGAAAUCCCACUUAUUGAAGGAAACUCUGCAUUUCAGCAAGGCAUACCAGAUGAUAAUUCGUUUUGCUGUGUGAUCCAAGUUAAUUUUGAGGAAAUCCAGUUCCUCGAGUCUGACUCCUACCAGUUUCUAGAAGUCUUUUCCAACUCUUUAACUGUUUGUGAAGCAGAAACAUGCGAACAGAUGUUUGUAGAGGAGUCAAACUUGGGGAGUUUCAAUGAAUUGAUUGUUAGUCAUGAGCUCACUCUGGUGGAUGAGUCAUUUAAAUCAUUGCCCAUUCCUAUUCUUUCCGAUCCUGAAAAGAUAAGGUUGCAAUUUUUGUUUGUGGAAAAAAUGCUAGCUGGUUUGAAGCCACAACAUCAUUCUACUUCUGAUGGCAUAUAUUUGGACUGGCAUUUUUUGGAGGAUGAUUAUAGCAACUGUGAGAAGUACUCCUUAUGUUGGAAACAAGUGGUGGAGAUAAACGAUUACAGUGUCAAUUCUGAUGUGGAACCUCUGAAUGAUGGCAUGCUGAUAUUUGAUCUUGUUUCCUCUGGUGAUACACUAUACGGAGCACGGGUAGAAGAUAACAAGGAAACUCUAAAUAUACUGCUCCCUCAUGUUCCCACAGUAACUGAGUCAUUUAAUGACAUUGCUUCAGGUAAGUUUUUAAAUGAUGGGUGUGAAAAACAUGGCGAUGGAGAAGUUUUAUCUGGCAUCAAUCUGGAGGGAGGUUCUACUUUAGCUGAAUCAGUGCUGCCAUUUAGUGAUCUAAAUUUUUUAUUAAAUCCUCGGGGGGCUACUGCAGGGAGAAGUUCUAAACCUGCAGUCAAGGCAUUUGCUAGGAAUGCUGUGUUUCCUGAAGUUUCACGUAUUAACCAAGCUGCACCAUGUGCCGCCACCGCAGUGCAAUUGCAGCAGCGGGAUCUCAAGUUGCAUGAAAUUAAGUUGGCUGGUAAUGAAUUGGAGCUCGUUGAUAACUUCCACGAUGAGAAGUGUGAUAUAGGAUCCUCAAGAGCUGGAGAUGAAGUAAGAGCUUUCAGCAUGCCUUUACCAGUUCCACGUUUGACUUCAGCUGUGGAACCGGAGAGAAUUCCCACGAACGUUUCUUCGACAGUCAUCAUAGUUAACACCAAGAAUUUUGAUAAAGAGAUGAUUAUUUCCAGGAGAAGCACAUACCAAAAGAUUCGAGCAAUGGAGAAACAAGGAGCACAAGUUGUCGAGCGCGAUUUAAAACUGCCCGUGGAUGUUAUAGUUAGUGCUGCAAUUUGCUUGGUGUGGUAUGAUUGCAGAAACAUUGCAAAGAAAGCAAGUGCUCCUGAUGAGUCUUCUUCAUGCUUAGCCUUGUGCAUUGAAAAUAUUGCAGCCAAUGUUCUGACCUCAUUGAGUUUUGCUUUCAGCAGCUGCAUUCUGUUGUUUUGUCAGGUCUUUGAGGGUGAAAGCAGCUUCCUUGCCGCUGUAAUGGAAUCAUCAGAUGAACUGUAUGCUGCAGCAGCAAGCUUGAAAAUUGACCUGCAACUCUUUUGUUCAUACUCAUCUGAAUUGACUGAUGAAAUUAUAUUGAGCUGCAUUGGAUGUGUCCCCAAGUUAACUACACACACUUGUCCGAAAAUGCCUGAAUCAGAAACCCUGGCAGAAUAUUUUCUUACGACAUUUCCUUCAAUUAAUCCCCUCUCAGCUCAUGCAAUACUGUCCUCAGUAUGCAUUCUUGGUGAGUUUCUUGAGUGGUCACAUGAGCACAGGAUUCGUGCAAUCCAGAAAUAUCAUGUUCCUGAUGAAAGCGUUAGUUUAUUCAGUACUUUGUGCAAAUAUGGGGAGCGUGAGGAUUCUAGAUCUGCAAUGACUGAUUGUUCCUCUUCUGUGUCCUCUGCUCCAGACUCAGAAAUUUGUCGGGAGAAAACUGACUCUGUUAGAAAGAAACGAAAGUACAUUGAGAGUCCUCCCAAAACUGACACACCUGUGGAUAACUUGUUUGAUUUUCAACUGCUAAAACAAUUUCCUGAUGGCGGCAUGAAUCCUUCCAGAGUAUCCAACCCACAUGAUACUUGGAUGUCCAGUGUUGAGGAGAUGUUCGACGAGAUUGAAAAGCCUGGUGCUUUUGUUGGUGGUAAAGUGUUUAGUCAGAAACAGGGUUCAGGACCUUCAAGAGGGGCUGGGAUAUCAAAUGAACUAAAAAAACCCAGUUGGCCUUUGGAUGAUAAAAUUUUUGGUCCACAAGAUGCAAUUGAUAUGGCCCUGAUGAACAAACUGGAUUUCCGUCUCAAAAAUGAUUCGGCAAAUCUGCGGGAGGACUUAAUAGGUGAAGUCAUUGAUAUCCGUGAUAGUUCUUCUCUUGUUGAGGACAUAUCUACUUUUGCAAAUUCAUUGGAUCUCUCGUGUUUGGUGUCUCAGACAGCUAAAGGUCGUGCAUUGGGGAAUGUUCGGACUGCUAAAAGAUUGUCAUUUAGUAGAAGCUCCCAUCCUACUUUUCCCACUGCGGCUGAGAUUAGCUCCAACUCCAAUAUUCUGGUUAAAGAUUAUGGACAGGGUUUAAGGGAAGGAUAUGAUAGACAUACAGAUGAAGAUUUCAGUAAACAUGAAUCUUCUUUAAGGGACCAAGAAAAGCUUUUAGAGGAUCACUCGAUUCAAAGAACUGCUACAAAUUUCCCCCCGCUGUCAGUUCAGGAGGAGGAUAUACAACGCCAUGGUGGAACACCAUUAUCAAAAGCCGUUCAGUCUGCUCAACCACAUCAAGGAUCACCUUGGACGAUAGAGUUUCUGAACAGAAUAAGGGAAAGGAGUAGAUCGCGUCAGCAAUCGCUUCCACAUGGCAUGUCGCCCCUUUGUUUUGCAUAUUCUGGGAAUGUAUCCAAGGUUACGAAGAGGAAAAGUCCAUCUAUUCUUGACUUUUACAAGUAUCAAGGGGGUAGCACUACCAGGAAAAUCAUUGAGCAGAAAAGGCAAAAGCGACCUACACAACCAUCAUCUUCAUCCAAGAAUGAGAAGACUUCAGCAUCUUUUGGUCCAUCAUGGACUCCACUUGACAAGAGAGCAAGACGGAUACUAUCCUUUUCAAUGGGUGGAGGUGGAGGCCAGAGUAAGCUGGUCUGGAGCGAUAAAGAUGCUCAGACCAUGGACAGACGAUUUUACAACUGAGCAUGACAUAGCAGGAAGUGUCGGCACUACAUCUUGUGCUGGAACUUCAACAAUUGAUUACCAAUCUGAGAGAGCACCUAGCCUUCAUGUGCAUCAUACAUACGCUUUGGUUAUUGGUAAGCUCAAUCUGGAUAUCUGCUCCCUGGUUUGGGUCACAGGCAAUUUUCAUUUGGGAGAAAGAAGAGACUUCUCAAUGUUUAUAGGAGGAAAAAAACUAGUUGUAGAUAAAGUCAUACUUCUACACCCGAAAAUGGAAUAAUAAACACCAGCUCAGUUUUAGUUUGGAACAUGCACCUCAUAUCUCUAUCUUGGUGUCUAUGCUUGAAGUGAAUUCCAUCUAUCACAUAUUAUGCCAGUCUAUUACAUGAAUUUCUUCCACAUGCGAAUCCAUUUACAUGUUACUGGCAUAAGUAAUUUACAUCCAGAGUGAGUAAAGAAACCUAGUUUCAAUCAAAAUUGUCAUUUUUAGAUAGUUUGACCUACAGUGACCUUUUUGCAAACUUGAAUGCAUACUUCCCAACGGAAGCCAUAUUUCCUGUAUUUCAUUAAGUUUGCAGCAGCACUAUUGGCCUAUAGCCAUACACGAUACAUCAAUAUUACACAAAAAUGUCGGAAUUCGCCAUGAUAGUCGUGAUUUUCGUAUUGUAGACUCUUAGGACACGGUUUGCCACAUGAGCAUGUGCUGUUGAACUGAUCAAUUGCCUGGGUUAGCAAACAUCUAUCGUGGUAAUUCCAAUAGAAUUUGGGGCUUCAAGUGUUCACCAUGCAUCUCUUCUAUACGUGAAAU